CGCGAAAAAACAACGAACAGUUUGUCGUUCCUUUCGUUGGCCCCAUUAUCCAUCAACUUCCCAUCUCGUCGAAGCCUCGCAAAGCCAGUCUUCCAUCCAAACAAACAAGUCGGCAUCGUUCGUGUGCGCUGUUGGGAUAAAACUCGUUCUCGCUGCGUCAUUCCAUCUGUCCGGGGUUUGUUUUGCGCGCGCCGUUUCGCCCGUCUUUCGUUUUGCCUUUGUGUUGUCGUUUUUUUAGCGCGUGGAGUUGAUUGCGUGGGCCGUACGACCCGGUCCGCUCAAUUUAUCCACCCCAUAUACCACCAGCACGACGUCGUCGUCCCAGUCAUCUUCCACUGGCAGCAGUUCCUCGGGCGGCUCCGAGACAGACUCUGACAUGAGCUCCGACGAAAUUUCGUGGAUUACUUGGUUUUGCAACCUGCGAGGGAAUGAGUUCUUUUGCGAGGUCGACGAGGAGUGGAUUCAAGACAAGUUCAACCUCACGGGUCUCGCAGAGAUGGUCCCGCUUUACCGACAGGCCAUUGACAUGAUUCUGGAUCUCGAGAUGGAGGAGGAGUUGCUCGAGGACCAGCAGUCGGCGAUCGACUCUUCUGCAGAGAUGCUCUACGGCCUGAUUCAUGCACGUUACAUUCUCACAAAUCGCGGCAUCAUCCAGAUGCUAGAAAAGUAUCGAAACGGCGACUUUGGCGUCUGCCCGCGAAUCUACUGCGAAGACCAAGCCGUCCUGCCCGUCGGUCUCACCGAUGUGCCCUCCGAAUCCACUGUCAAACUCUUCUGCCCUCGCUGCGAAGAAGUCUACCAGCCACGGUCGGCGCGGCACCAGCAGCUCGAUGGCUCGUACUUUGGCCGCACUUUCCCGCACAUGCUCUUCACCGUUCAUCCCGAAUUGCGCCCGCAACGCAACCCGCCAAAGUACAUUCCGACCAUCUAUGGCUUCAAAAUUCACCCAACAGCGUACGACGUCCGAGUGUCGUCCACCGCGUCGCCGCUCCCUCCCAUCAUUGCCAAUGCCGGUCUUGCUCAAGCACAACAUGCUGCCCAGCAAGCCAACUCUGCGCAACACGGGACUGCCAUUUCUAACUCUGCCGCUGCAAAUCCAAGUCGAGGGACAUAAGAGACUGUGUGCUCUGUGAUUUCUGUUUUGCAUUGCAUUUGGUUUUUCUGAGGGUUUCGCGUGUAUUUCAACGCACGCCAUUCCCUCUUUUCUCUUUCUCUUUUUUUUCUCUCUUUCUCUCUCUCUCUCUCUUCUCCUUCUGGAGCCGUUAGCAAACACGACGCGAGAGUGAAGGCCCUGGAGCUUGUUUCAUCUUUGAAUGCCGAUCGGGCCUGAAAUGUUUGUCAAUGAAAAAUACACGUUCUUCUCGCCCCAA